AUGGGGUCCUCUCGCGUUUGCUAUAUUGAUGGGGUGUGGAGAGAACAAGAUGCUUUUACAGGCCAGGGCUGGUAUUGCCAGAAGAUGAACUCGGAGGACGUAAUGAUGGACGCAAUGAACCUUCGACGUAGCCUUUCACCUUUACAUGCUGAAUGUGAAGCACUGAUUUGGGCGAUGGAGUGCAUGAAGACCCUGCGUUUCUCAGACGUAGUAUUUGUGACGGAUUGUUCUCAGCUGGUGAAGAUGGUGUCCUCACCCGAUGAAUGGCCGGCGUUUGCUACACACGUGGAAGAAUUCUGCCGCAGUAAGACUUUCUUUCCCAACUUCAUGAUCAGACAUAUCUCAAAGGCACAAAAUACAAUGGCAGACAAGCUUGCACAUGGUGCGAGGAGUUCUCCUUCAGCUAUGCUAUAUGUCGACUCUCUACCUCCGGUUUGGCUAUCUGAACCGGCGGUCUUAUAG